AUGAAAGAAGAACAAAGAGAUUUAUAUUCACUUAUUAUAAAUCAAUUGGUAUAUGAUGGGUUUUUAAACGAAGCUAUAAAGAUUAGUGAAUCAACAAUGAUUCCAUGUCCGUUAAAAAACGAAGCAACUAAUAAAUUAUUAUCAAUCUAUCAAUCAGCUACAUCGACACCAGGUGGAAGAUCAAACUUUACCUCAAUGGACCUAGAUGAAGAUGCAGGUUCACAAGUUGGUAGUGGAGGCACAUCAAAUAUUUCAAAUAGUGGUAAAAACUUAAUUGACGAUAUAAUAAACUCAAAAGAUUCAUUAGAUUUAGAUGACCUGAAUCAACAAAACUCAAGCGAAUCAUCAAAUAAAGUUCAACCAACUGUAUCAUUUUUAACCAAAUUUAUUACAACUCAUAAAAAUGCAUGUAGAUGCGCUAAAUUUAGUUGGGAUGGUAAAUAUGUCGCUACAGGUUCAUCAGAUACCUCAAUCAAACUAUUAGAUGUAAAUAAAAUGAGAAAUUAUAAUCAAACAAAGAAUGAAACUACUGAAGAUUCAGCACCAUCAAGACCUGUAAUUAGAACAUUUUAUGAUCAUACACAGCCAAUCAAUGAUUUAGACUUUCAUCCAUCAGCACCAAUUCUUUCAUCUGCCUCAAAAGAUGGUACCAUUAGAUUUUAUGAUUACAAAUCAUCCCUCAAACGUUCAUUCAAGUAUAUUCAAGAUAGUCACAGUAUUAGAACAAUUAACUUUCAUCCAUGUGGAGAUAUGAUUUUAGCAGGUACUGACCACAAUAUGAUUCGUCUCUAUAAUGUGAACACAUUCCAAUCAUUUACAGCUAGAAAAGUUAAUGAACACCAUCAUGCUGCAAUUAAUCAAGUUAGAUUCUCAUUAGAUGGUGGUAUAUUUGCAAGUUGCUCCAAAGAUAAUACAAUCAAAAUAUGGGAUGCUAACAAUUUCCAAUUGAUCAAUACAUUUAAUGCACCACAUUCAAAUAAAGAACCAACAACUGUACAAAUUUCACGUAAUCAAAAAUAUCUUUUAUCGUGUGGUCGUGAUUCAAUGGUUAAACUUUGGGAAAUUACCUCAGGUAGAUUAAUAUAUUCAAUUAAUACAGGUGUCAAUCAGUCUGGUGGUCAAAAUAAAAAUAGAAUUUCAGCAACCUUUAAUUAUACUGAAGACUUUAUCAUCACCAAUGAUGAACAACCAUCAGUAUGUGUAGUUUAUAAUUCAAGAACAAGAGAACAAGUCCAAAAAUUAUCUGGUCAUAAUAAUACAGUACGUUAUAUAGCGGCAUCACCUGUCGAAAAUGCCUUAAUGACAUGCAGUCUCGAUCAUAGAGGAAGAUUUUGGACUGAGGAUACUUUAACAUUACAACAACAAUCAUCAUCUUUACCAACAACAACAAUAACAACAAAAGAAGAAUAA